AUGUUUAAUUUUAGCGCCCUAAGAACAACUGCCGCCACAAUUUUAACUCUACCCGCCGCCCUCCACAAAACCGUUGACGCCAUUGCAAUGACAGCCGAAUCAGCGGCUGGUACCGACUGUCACGGCCAAGUGUGCCAUCCAGUGGAACAAUUUUGCUCACACUUUGAAGUUACCUGUGUGAAUUGUUCGUCGGCAUGCGAUCCGCAAGAUCUUAACUAUAAACCGGUGGAAUGCACACGAGAAUGUGGUGAAUUCCUCAAAUUGUUGCCCCUACAAAAUGAAAUUCAUCAGAUACAAACACAACAAAGUCUCAUCCUAUAUCUGUUGAUAUUUUUGCUGAUCAUUACGUGUCUCCACUAUACCUGGGUAUGUCUGAAAUGGUUGCGACAACAACGAUGCUUCCGCCAGGUACUCAAGAAGCUACAAUUGAAGAAAGGUCCUUUACCGCCGACAGCGCAUGUCAAUGGCAAAGAUACAACAAUACAAAAUAUGUGUGUCAUCAAUGAAGUUGAGCGGGCACCGUCACAGAUUUACAGUAUGACAGGUGUCGAGGGUUCAGUGAUGACAAUGACAACACCAAUUAGCUCACGCCAUCCAGCCGAAAAUCAAACACCAUCACCACAAGCCAUUACAAAUGAAUACUCCUAUGACAAUCAAGCAUUGGCUGUGACGCCAGUGUCGGAAAAGCCAGGAGGUGGUUCGGUGGUAUUUUGA